GCCGGACCGGGGCGGAGCCGCACCGCACGGGGCGCGCAGAGGCGCGGAGAUUCGUGCAGCGCCAUGCGGGACUACGAGGAGGUGACCGCCUUCCUGGGAGAGUGGGGCCGCUUCCAGCGCCUCAUCUUCUUCUUGCUCAGCGCCAGCAUCAUCCCCAAUGGCUUCAACGGGAUGUCGGCCGUGUUUCUGGCCGGUACCCCCGAGCACCGCUGCGCUGUGCCCCCCGGAGCCAACCUGAGCGAGGAGUGGCGGAACGCCAGCAUCCCGCUGGAGCUGCGCGGCGGACUGACGGAGCCGAGCCGCUGCCGCCGCUACCGCCUGGCCGUGCUCGCCAACCUGUCGGCGCUGGGGCUGCGGCCCGGCUCCGACGUGCAGCUGGCGGAGCUGGAGCAGGAGCCGUGCCUGGACGGCUGGGAGUACAGCCGCGAUGUGUACCACUCCACCAUCGUCACCGAGUGGAACCUGGUGUGUGAAGAUGACUGGAAAGUGCCGCUGACCACCUCCCUGUUCUUCGUGGGUGUCCUCAUCGGCUCCUUCAUCUCGGGGCAGCUCUCAGACAGGUUCGGCAGGAAGAGCAUCCUCUUCUUGACCAUGGCUGUGCAGACCGGCUUCAGCUUCCUGCAGAUCUUCUCUACCAGCUGGGAGAUGUUCACAGUGCUCUUCCUCAUAGUGGGCAUGGGACAGAUCUCUAACUACGUGGUGGCCUUCAUACUGGGAACAGAAAUUCUUGGCAAAUCAGUUCGUAUUAUAUUCUCUACGUUAGGAGUUUGCAUAUUUUUUGCAAUUGGCUACAUGUUGCUGCCCCUGUUUGCUUACUUCAUCAGAGAUUGGCAGAUGCUGCUGCUGGCGCUCACCCUCCCCGGGCUGCUCUGCGUUCCGCUCUGGUGGAUCAUCCCUGAGUCCCCCCGCUGGCUGAUCUCCCAGGGAAGAUACAAAGAGGCAGAAGUUAUUAUCCGAAAGGCUGCAAAAAUAAACAACACUCCAGCCCCAGCUGUGCUUUUUGACGCCACAGAGAUGCAGGAUUCGAAGCCUCAGCAGCAGCAGAAGGCUAUCCUUCUGGACCUAUUUCGAACCCGAAACAUUGCAACUAUUACUAUUAUGUCAUUACUUUUGUGGUUUUUCACCUCUGUUGGUUACUUCGGCCUUUCCCUCAACACUCCAAACCUGCAUGGUGAUGCCUACAUCAACUGCUUCCUCUCGGCGGUCAUUGAAGUCCCAGCAUACAUCAUUGCCUGGCUGCUCCUGCGCUCCCUGCCUCGCCGCUACUCCAUAUCCAGCACCUUGGUUUUGGGAGGAGGUGUUGUCCUCUUCAUUAAGCUGGUUCCUGCAGAUCUCAAUGUCCUGUCUGUUUGCCUGGUGAUGCUUGGAAAGUUUGGUAUCACAGCUGCGUUUUCAAUGCUUUAUGUCUACAGUGUGGAGCUGUACCCAACGCUGGUCAGAAACAUGGCAGUCGGAGCUACGUCCACAGCUUCCAGGCUAGGCAGCAUCAUUUCUCCCUACUUCGUUUACCUGGGUGCCUACGACAGAUACCUGCCAUAUAUCGUCAUGGGAAGCCUGACUGUGUUGAUAGGGAUCCUGACCCUGUUUCUCUCUGAGGGCUAUGGCAAUGCUCUGCCUGAGAGCUUUGAACAAAUGCUGAAGGUGAAAUGUUUCAGGAAUGGGCAACAAAACACCAGCAUUAGGAAUUCAAAGGAGAGUCCUAAAACUCUCAUAACAACGUUGUGAAGAAGGACGCACACACUCAGAGCGACUGGAAGAACAAGACCUCAAAAUGCAUUUUCUGCCACAGGAAAACAAACAAAAACACAAUAGCCAACUCUAUGGCACUGUAGUUAUUGUCCCUUGUGCUACUAAACCCAUGUAACUAUUUCCUGAACAGAUGCUGUCUGCUCCCAUAGGGCUUUUAGUUUGUAAUUCAGUGUUCUAAUUCCUGGAGUGUGUGAGCAGAUCCAGCCCCUGUUGAGAAACAGAGGUCUGCGUGUGCUAAACAUGACUUGAGGAGUCAUAACAUAGCAAUGACUGCCCUCAUUCACGUACUCAAUGAAAGCUGCUAAAGAAUAGAAAGAAGGCAGCAGUGGUGAUGGUGGUGGUUUUCUCUCACUGCAUACUGACUGGAGGAAGGGAAGCUGGGUGUCUCUUUGAACAUCUCACGUAUCUCUAAAGGAAAGAUCCCAGCCUCAUUUGAAAUCUGUAACCAAGGCUUGAUGCGACCUGGGAUCCACUUCUGAUCCACUUGUCCCCAUAAAAGCUGAUGCUGCUGCAGUCACUGGGCUUCAUGAGUGUUGAGGUGUAAGGACUGAGCUAGGGCUAUAUCUUGCUCAUCCUUUUUAUGGGCCAUGCCCACUUGCAAAAGAAACAGGCUUUGUCAAGUAAGUGGUCCUGUUCAAACAUGCUCUGCAUUUUCAGCUUUUGGGUUUCUCACAGUAAAUUGACAUAAGCAACUUCUAUAUCCUUAUGUGGUUCUUUUCCAAAGCAUUUCACUUCUCCUUUGAAUAUAUACUACGUUAUGCUGUACCUUCCAGUUUUGAAAUCCUCUACAAAAACCUGUGUACCAUUUACAGAUUCAAAGGAGAUUUGAUGCUUGCAAAAAUCUGGUGUUCUGCACAGGAGAUCUUUAUGUGCAGCUACUAAGAAUUGCAAAGGGCUCAUUGGGGACCAUACUUCUCUUUAUUUUCUUUUUUUUUCCAAAGCAAAAGUAACGCCAACAAAGGCAGUAUUUUGUUUUUUCAAGUCCUACAGGUUAUCUAUGUAUUUUAUAAAUGUUUGGCAAAGCUAGAUGAGAUGAGAAGUUGAAUGUAGUAGAGCUUAGGUUUGUGCUACUACUGUUUUAUGAGCACUGCACUGUUUGAAAAAAGAAGUGUAAUGCCUUUUACUUUUCUAUUUAUUGGUUGUAUGUGGACUUUGUGGCCGCAUGAAGUCUCUCAUGCUGGGUAGGCUGAUUUUUAUCUCCUAUGAAAACCAUUUAGUGGCUAUUCACAUUCCGUUGAGGCCAACAAAAGCACACUGUCUCCUCUCUUAAUGUGAGAGUUCACGGCAUUUUGUCUCGUGCUGCCAUUUGGCACAGGAGUGAAGCUGUCCCUGUAAGUUCAAGCACAACUAUAAAGGUUUAUAACAUUAAAAUGCAAGGAACUUGUGCAAUCAUCUCAAGCUGCUCUUUGGGAUGUGGCAAUGCUACUUCCUUUAAUACUAAUUUUCUGCAUUCUGUCUUUUUGCCAUAAAUGUAAUGUGCCAUAAGGCUAACAGCCCCCACGUCCUCAUCCCUUCUCCAACUGGAAUUUCCUUAAUGACAGCAGUAUUUCAUUCUUUAUUUUCCUUAUUGCAAAGUUAAUCUAUCAAACAACUCUUUAGGUGUAACUAGAUUUCUGAACCAAACCUUUCUGCUGGCGUAGGACAGGUCUGACUAUAGACAGCCUGUAUUUUUAUGAAGACUUUUAUAUUAAGUUCAUACUUCUUUUAUGUGAUUGUUGGCUUAGGUAUUUCUGAAAGGUAAACCUUUCUGAAAGGUAAAUAUUUUUAUAUUCUUGAACUUUGUAGUAUCUUAAAACUAGAUUCCAUUUUAUUAUUAUUAUUUUUAAAUAAGGAAGAGGAUUGUGGGUUUUUUAAAUACCUUGUUUUAAUUGGUCUCGUUUUUCUUGCUUUUACCAUUGAUCAAAAGCUGGUGUCAUAUUUAAGUGUUUUUAAUAGCAAAUUAAAGAAACAGUGCAAGAGUGGAAUGCAUUGUUGCCAAGAAUGUGAUGUUCUUACAUGGACUGAGUGUGUCUGAGCACAGUCAGAAUGAGAAAAUGAGAUUGCUUCAGCUGAUGAAGCACUUGCAAGGAGUAUUUCUGUCCUCUGACUGUAUCCUUCCCAGGCCAGAACAGGCAUUUCUGAAGGAACUCAAAGAGAAACAACCUGCUGAAGAAUCAGAUGGGGAUGAAUCUGGAGGGCAGGAGUGCCAGAUUCUGGCAAGUUACUAAAUGUUUAGUUGUAAAGCUGAAGAAAACAGAAUUGGCUUAGUAGCCAUUGGCAGAAAGUAAGUGUAUUUCUGAUGAGAAACCUAAGGCUUUCACUGCGAUCUUCAGUGAGUUUUGUGUGUCAGAUGCUCGGUGGGGCUCACUGUGGGACCUGUGUGCUCACCCGAGCUGGGAGGUGCACAUACAGCUCUGACCCGAAGAUGGGGAAGCACAACUGGCUGGCUCCCACUGAUAGCACUCAGCCUCAACUCUCCUCUAUCACAUUUACCUGGGUCUCUUUGUGUAACCUCUUAUCAUCGGUAAGAUCUGACACUGGCUUAUCAGAUACCUUAAAGCAGGUAUAAAUACAUAGUUGUCGUCACCUGGUAACUCCUGUCUUUAAUGGAAUAAAAUGUGCACUAGCAUUGUGUAACCUA